UGAGUUCCUGCUUGACGUUACGAUGAUGCACGCAAGUUUCACCCAACCAAACAGUAAUAAGUAGAUUUUAGGAAACCUUUCGACAAGGUACACCGUUGAAACAUUACGUCCUGCUCGCAGGCAUGAUUACCGACGACCAACUUCGACAACUUACUGGUGAAGAUUUUGAUCCAAUGUCGAUCGGAUUUCCCAUAGGAAUCACCGUGAGGGGAGAAGUACAUCAUCAAGAGAGAGUAAGAAUAAGCGAGGUCGUAGUUGGUCAUGGCGAAGACAUCGAAUCUCUCAAAAAGCAGGUCGAUGAAAAGGACAAAGAAAUCGAAGAAUUAAACAAGGCCGUUGAAAAUUUGCAAGAGCAGAAUCAAGAGUUAACUGUAGAACUCAAGUCUAGAAACGAAGAGAUAAAAGUCCUCAAAGCGAGGAUAGGGAGACUCGAGAGCGACAAGAAAGAACUAGAAGACGAGCUCAAGUCUCUCACAGUCAAAGUUGGUCGAAUGGAGAAGGAUGUCAAGGAACUGAACGAAGCAAAAAUGGCCCAGGAAGAGAAAAACAUGGAAUUACAGGAAAAUUUCGACAAGGCCGCAGGCAGGAUGGAGAGUAGAAACCAAGUAUUGAAGAAAGAGAUAAAGGAGAUUCGAGAAUCACAACACAAGGAGGUGCCGCCGCCAUCAGUAGUAACCCAAAGGGCAGGAGGACGUCAAAUGCUUACUCCUCCACUACCAAGGCACUUUCAGAGAGCCGAUUUGGAACUACAUGCCUCGCUGACAUUGGGAGAGCUGUGUCGACAAUUCCAGAACAAGCUGUACAAGAUCAUAUUCCCAAACUCGUUCCAGUCAAACAGAAACUACAAGAUGAAGAAUAUUUGGCGCGAUUUGGAUAAACUGCCUCAGCUGAAGGAGGAAAAGGAGCGAUCAAGGAAAAAGUGGGAAGAAGUGAAACAAAAGUUGAAAUGGGAUGAAUGUUACGAAGAUGCCAUAAAAUCACUCCAAGAAAGCCGAAAUAUGAAUGCACAUCCAGCCCCUUUAACGGAGGAAGGUCUCUCACAGGCCGCAAAACUCAUGGAUUCGAAAGGUAACUUGAAAGGUUGGCUGUCUUUGACACGAGUGAAUGAGUUGAUAUCUAUGUGGAAACACGUUCAGACAUUGGAGUGAGUCAUUUUACAAUGCUUUAUCAUAAUCUGGUCUUGCUGGAUUACCAUGAUAGAAACAUGUGACUUUAUUCUUAGUUAUUGUCCAUUGAAUUGUCUACAGGACUGAGCUACAGCUAAAGGAAACUGUGUGUUAUAUGCUUAAAUUUAGAGACGAACAUUUGCAACGUCACGAUAUUUCAUUUCUUUGAACACGAUUGUCAAUUUUCUAUCUUUCAGUCGAGAGUAAGAAAAACGAUCUCGAUUCUCUCGAUUCAUCUGUUGAUCGAUGAAAAUUGAUCAACAGAUGUAAAGCGUAACUUUAGCAUGCGCGAAGGGUCGCAAGCAUUGCUUUUGUUUAAGGAUUAAAACAGGAAAAAAAUUAAAUCGAAAUGCUCACCAGAGAAUAAAACAAUUGCCUUAUUGGGGUUAAAAUGCAAAACCAGUUUACUUCGCUCACGACAUGAUGACUGGUUAUAGUUCCGACUUUGGCUUGCAUCGGAACUUAGGUCACAUGUUCGCUGUAUGAAGCGCGAAUAAAAGGUGACGAAUUUCGAUGCGAACAUCAAAAACUAUAUAAAAAUAUCACUGUAUUUACCUAAUGGUAAGCCUUGUCUGUAAAUUAAAGUGGACGAUUCUACUUC